CACUGAGAGUGCGGGGAGAGUAGAUGCCCAGGAUUGGAGGGAGGGAGAAAAUGUAGAAUCUUACAGCACACGAACAGGCCCCUCGACCUACUACGUUUGUGCUGCCCAUCACAUCCAAGUUUGGACUCCUCUCUUGUCUUGUGAGGGUCUCUGUCCCCAACAGUCCCUACUCACUGGUUCCAAUAACCCCGUGGGUCCUCUGUAAACCUCCAGCCUCUCGACCUUUCUAACUUGUGUUCGGGGAAAGGUUCCUUCUGGUAUGCACUAAAUGGGCCGAAGAGCCUGUUCCGGUGCUGUAGUGCCCCUGGUAACGUUACCCUCCAGCCUUUCCAUUUUAACUUUAUAACUAAAAUGUUUAAAACAGGCAAGAUGCUGGAGAAUCUCCUCCGCAACCCUCACCCAUCCCAUAAAUGAUCAGUUUGACAUCAGAAGAGAGAAGAGGAACAGAGCCAGGCUGUGAGAGAAAAGGAGAUUUUGGGAUUAGUAGAGAGUAAGAGUGGGAGGAGAAAAUACCAGGGCAGGGAGGAAGUAAUCUGAAGUAAGGAGAAAGUGGGAAGGAAAUUUUGGCAAUGGGUGCCAAAUGAUCUGGGGAUCAGGGAAUUGAGUGGAGAUGCUGAGAAGAUUGAGGAGGAAGGUACUAUCAUAAUAUUUAGGAAGUAUUUAGAUUAUCAGCUGAGAUCGAAAUGGGCGACCCAGAUAUCGGGGCCGUGAUGGGUUUCUCAGGGUUUGGAAAGAAAGCCAGGACCUUUGACCUGGAGGCCAUAUUUGAACAGACACGUCGGACGGCCAUUGAGAGGAGCAGAAAAGUGUUGGAGAAGGAGCAGACUGCAGCAGAAUCUCUUCAGUCAACACCCUGCACUGGGAAAUUAAGCACCCCAACCAGGAAAGAGCAUCCUGAAGCCAUUGCUAGGUCACCUGUUGGAGAUGAAAGUGAAAAUGAAGACAGUGAUAGUUCAAGCAGUGAUCUGAUCGGUCCCCCAGUACCUUCCUCAUUAUCUAGAUUGUCAGUCGAGGAGCAAGCGAAUGCUGCAGACCUCCCUACAUCAAGUGACAAACUGCUGGGGGACACGGACGAAGAGGAGGAGGAAGAUGAUGAUGAUGAUGAUGAUAACCCGGUGAAGCGGAUCCCAGACUCGCAUGAAAUCACGCUGAUCCAUGGCAAAAAAACGGUUUCUGCACUGGGACUGGACCCAUCGGGUGCCCGCCUUGUCACAGGAGGUUAUGAUUACGAGGUGAAACUCUGGGACUUUGCAGGAAUGGAUGCUUCACUACAGGCCUUCAGGUCACUACAGCCCUGCGAAUGUCACCAGAUUAAAUCGUUGCAGUACAGUGCAACAGGAGACGUAAUUCUUUGUGUGGCUGGCAGUGCCCAGGCCAAGGUGCUGGACCGUGAUGGCUUCCAGGUGAUGGAGUGUGCGAAAGGAGACCAGUACAUUGUUGACCAAGCUAAGACCAAGGGACAUACAGCUAUGCUGAAUGGUGGUGCCUGGCAUCCGAAAAUUAAGGAGGAAUUCGUGACAUGCUCAAAUGAUGGGACUGUGAGGACUUGGGACAUGAACAAUGAGAAGAAACACAAGAAUGUUUUUAAACCACGAACUGCACAAGGAAAGCGAAGUAUUCCCACCACCUGUGCAUAUAGCAGAGACGGCAAAUUGAUUGCUGCUGCAUGUCAGGAUGGCUCCAUUCAGAUCUGGGAUCGCAACAUGAAUGUUCAUACAAAGUUUCACAACCGACAGGCGCAUGUUCCUGGCAGUGACACAUCUUGCCUUAGCUUUUCGUAUGAUGGGACUACUUUGGCAUCACGUGGUGGAGAUGACACCAUAAAAACUUGGGAUAUGAGGAAUUUCCGGAAUCCUCUGAAUGUGGCAACUGAUCUCCCAAACAUCUUUCCAAUGACAGAUUGCUGCUUCAGCCCUGAUGAUAAACUGCUGGUAACAGGGACAUCUGUGCGGAAGGGACAGGGAAGCGGUAAACUACUGUUUUUCAAUCGAGAAACCUUUCAGAGGCUUUAUGAGAUCGAGGUCACUGACGCAAGUGUCAUUCGUUGUUUGUGGCAUCCAAAACUGAACCAGAUCAUGGUGGGAACAGGAAAUGGACUGGCAAAGGUCUAUUAUCAUCCAGUGAAAAGUCAAAGAGGAGCUAAGCUCUGUGUCGUGAAAACAAAGAGAAAAGCAAAGCAGAGUCAAACUGUCACACAAGAUUACAUCAUUACACCACAUGCUUUGCCUAUGUUCCGGGAGCCGAGGCAGAAGAGCACGAGGAAGCAGUUGGAAAAAGAUCGCCUUGAUCCUGUAAAAUCCCACAAGCCUGAACCUCCGGUAUCUGGUCCAGGGCGUGGUGGACGAGUUGGGACUCAUGGUGGUACAUUAUCGUCAUUCAUUGUGAAGAAUAUUGCCCUGGAUAAAACAGAUGACAGUAACCCUCGUGAAGCUAUCUUGCGUCAUGCAAAAGAUGCUGAACAGAACCCUUACUGGGUGGCUCCUGCCUAUGUUAAGACGCAGCCACAUGCAGUGUUUGCAGACGUGGAGUCCGAGGAGGAGCUGGAUGAUGAUGAGCCCGAGUGGAAGAAACGGAAAUUGUGAGCAGGCUGUCCUUGAACAUGUGAUCCUGAGCAGCUUCACCUGUUCAUCGUGUUGUAACGGUCGAUGAGGGAGAUUGUGUGAGAAGCGUGCAGCAGGUGUGGGGUUUUCAGGGCAGGUAGUGGAGUAUUUCCAGCUGACCAAACAACAUGGUCUCUAUUCAGUGUUUUACCUUAUAACUUCAGUUAAUUAAACCUGUGCUGAUGCAA